AGGACCUGCGACACCGCGGCUUACAAAGCUGUGACGUCACUGCCGACCAACACAUCUUUGUCAGUGAACAAAAUGGCAACCUACUGUCUCACAGUCGCCCGGCUCCAGCUGGCUCUGGGCCAUGGUGCACGGCGCCUGCAUGUAUCAGCAGCGUACAGAGCCAAGGCCCAAGUGUCUAUGAGCCGCUUUGAGCCCUCUUCCUUUGUCAACUAUGAGAAGUUCCAAUCCAACGUUGACAUUGUGCGAAAAAGACUCAACCGGCCACUCACCCUGUCAGAGAAGAUCGUGUACGGCCACCUCGAUGACCCCCACAACCAGGAGAUUGACCGCGGUCGCACAUACCUGCGACUGCGUCCCGACCGCGUGGCCAUGCAGGACGCUACAGCCCAGAUGGCGAUGCUCCAGUUCAUCAGCAGCGGUCUGCCGAGGGUGGCUGUGCCCUCCACCAUCCACUGUGAUCACCUUAUCGAGGCCCAGGUCGGAGGAGUGAAGGAUCUGGCCAGAGCAAAGGAAGUCAACGAAGAGGUCUACAACUUCCUGUCCAGCGCAGGGGCAAAGUAUGGAGUUGGCUUCUGGAAACCCGGCUCUGGAAUCAUCCAUCAGAUCAUCCUGGAGAACUACGCCUACCCAGGAGUGAUGCUAAUUGGCACAGAUUCCCACACACCAAAUGGUGGCGGGCUUGGUGCCAUCUGCAUCGGAGUUGGAGGAGCAGAUGCUGUAGAUGUCAUGGCUGGAAUCCCCUGGGAGCUCAAGUGCCCCAAGGUGAUUGGUGUGAAGCUCACAGGCACCCUCUCAGGCUGGACGUCUCCUAAGGAUGUCAUCUUGAAGGUGGCCGGCAUCCUGACAGUGAAAGGAGGCACUGGAGCCAUUGUAGAAUACCAUGGGCCAGGAGUUGACUCCAUUUCCUGUACUGGAAUGGCCACCAUUUGCAACAUGGGAGCAGAGAUUGGAGCCACGACAUCCGUGUUCCCUUACAACCACCGCAUGAGGACCUACCUUGAGAAGACUGGACGUGGAGAGAUCGCUGCCCUGGCUGAUGAAUACUCUGGAUUAUUGGUGCCAGAUGAAGGCUGCGAGUACGACCAGGUCAUCGAGCUCAAUCUUGACGAGCUGAAGCCCCACAUCAACGGACCCUUUACUCCUGACCUGGCUCACCCAGUGUCUGAAGUCGGCGCUGUUGCUGAGAAGAAUGGCUGGCCGCUGGAGGUUAAAGUUGGUCUGAUUGGCAGCUGUACCAACUCCAGCUACGAGGACAUGGGCCGUGCUGCUUCUGUGGCCAAGCAGGCUUUGGAUAAAGGCCUGAAGUGCAAAGCUCAGUUCACAGUCACCCCCGGCUCCGAGCAGAUUCGUGCCACCAUUGAAAGAGAUGGAUAUUCAAAGAUCCUUGGUGAUGUUGGAGGUGUGGUCAUGGCCAACGCAUGUGGACCCUGCAUUGGUCAGUGGGACAGGCGUGAUGUGAAAAAGGGAGAAAAGAACACAAUCGUCACUUCAUUCAACAGAAACUUCACCGCCAGGAAUGAUGCCAACCCUGCAACACACGCCUUUGUUACCUCCCCUGAGAUUGUCACUGCCAUGGCGAUCGCUGGCACAUUGAACUUCAACCCAGAGACAGAUUACCUCACAGCCCCCAACGGUGAGAAGUUCAAGCUGGAGCCCCCAAACGGAGACGAACUACCUGCCAAGGACUUUGACCCAGGCCAGGACACCUACCAGCACCCACCCCCUGACGGCCUCAGCGUUAGGGUGGACGUCAGCCCACAGAGCAACCGGCUACAGCUGCUGGAGCCCUUUGACAAAUGGAGCGGGGAUGAUCUGGAGGACCUGAAUGUCCUCAUCAAGGUGAAGGGCAAGUGCACCACAGACCACAUCAGUGCUGCUGGACCUUGGCUGAAGUUCCGUGGUCACCUGGAUAACAUCUCCAACAACAUGCUGAUUGGUGCAGUCAACAGCGAGAAUGACGGCAUCAACAAGAUCAAGAACCACCUGACAGGGGAAUACGGAGGAGUCCCUGAUGUGGCUCGUCACUACAAGGCCAGCGGUGUGUCAUGGGUGGUGGUCGGAGAUGACAACUAUGGUGAAGGCUCCAGCAGAGAGCAUGCUGCACUGGAGCCCAGGCAUCUGGGAGGAAGAGCCAUCAUUGUCAAGAGCUUCGCCAGAAUUCAUGAAACCAACCUGAAGAAGCAGGGUGUCCUACCUCUGACCUUCAACAACCCAUCAGACUACGACAAGAUCCGCCCUGAUGACAAGAUCUCCAUCAAAGGUCUCAAAACCUUCGCUCCAGGAAAGCCUCUUAGCGCAGUCGUGAAGCACAGCGACGGCAGUGAGGAGACCUUGCAACUCAACCACAGCUUCAACGAGACACAGAUCGAAUGGUUCAAGGCAGGCUCUGCCCUCAACAGGAUGAAGGAGCUGCAGCACUGAAGAAGAGAAAUGAAGAGCAAAAAUGUGGAGGACGAUUUUCAGGGGAAAGCAGGGUGGGGAGGAUUGUAGGGAAGAAAGGGGGAUGAAGAAUAUAGAUUCUGUUAAUGAUUGUUCCAUCAUCUGCAUUUUCACACAGUUUGGACUGAAGUAGCGUGUCGGUAUACCUCUAAGAGUUGUCAAUAGAUUACUUCAGACUAAGUGCAAAUGUUGAUGAAGGAACAAUAGGAACUGGUCAGAUAUUUCUGCAGCCUUCAUUAGUCAGUGCAUAGUGUUCUUGAAGGUACUGUAUGCUGCUAUGUUUCAAAGUCAAUCAGUGAUACAUUAGACAUCAGUCUAUUGUAAAAGCAAAGGACACACACCCACCCACAUACACUUUGACACAUUAAGCUUUGACCCAAGCCAUGACAUAGUACUCUGCCAGUUGAUGUGCUGCCGGUGUUUUUGCAGCUGUUCAAACAGGUUCAGCGCAGCCUGGAAACCACUUCACACUGGAGCUCUGCCAGCUGAUCACACUCACCCUGUUGCUUUAGGAUUGUGUUGCACAGUGCAUGGCAAUAAUAAGAAGCUUUAGUCAACCAUUGUCAUUCACCCUGAAGAGGUUAACACUGCUGUUGUUUGCAUCUCUGGAUCUAUUGUUUAGUAUAUUUGUAGUUGUCAAUGAUCACAUGGAUCUAAAAAGAGAGCUUGUGGCCACACACAUUCAUUCAUUUUCUCACAUACUUGCCUUCCCCCUUGUGGCCAUGAUGAGAUACUGUCGAGUGUAAAGGGCUCUGUAGCUUGCUAAUUUUAUCUAACUACCGACUUUGAAAGCAGCAGCUAGAUGACACAGAUGUUUUCUGGGUGUUGUUGAAGGCGUUCUUGGAAACGUAGGAAAUCACAGAGAGAUUAAGUGCAAUCAACAUAAAACUAAAUUAGGCUAACAUAGCACAUUGAGUUCUGUGAGAGCAUUUAAGGAUCAGUUUUUUGUAUCCCUGUCUUUUAACAAAGUCAAAAGGUUGCAGAGAACCAUUGCAGACAUUUCCUAAAAUACUGAAGGACCUGUAUACUUUAAUACUGUGUAAGAAUACAGUGACAAAACCCUCUUUUUCCUCAACUCCAUCACUACAACCAACUUUUAAACUGCCCUCCUGAUCAAUCCUAACCUCUUUACCAGGUCAAAUGCAUCAUAUGGUCUUUCCCAUUGUUUAUUUAUUUAUACUUCUUCCUGCAAGAGGUUCAGAUCUUGUGUGUAUUUUACAAAACCAGUUUUCUUCUUGAACAGGGUAAACUUUUACUGGAGUCCUCUUCCAUCCCAUAUUUUCAGCGCUCUUUCUGUCGGGUAACGAGUGAUCCAAUACAAUACAAUUAAAUGAAAUUCCCUCUAAAACCUCAGCAUGAGGGGCCAUUACGACAAAGCAGAAACAAGAUGUGUUUUUAUCCUCAUCUUUACCAUCACUGUUGGAGCCCAUGAAACACAAUGCAGUUUAGAAGAAGUUGUUAAUCUCAUGAAGUUAUACCACUCUGUUCCUCUAGUCCACUGUAUGUAGAGUGUCUGGUUCCAUGUACAUUUAAGUGUUUGUGGUUUUAUUUGCUCCCAGAUUAUCUUUUCUGUGUUACAGAAAUGCCAAUGGGUUGUAAAAUAAAAAUUCACCGAUCUCAUAUAUUUA